GCAACUGUAGUCUGUUCGUAGUCAAGCAGGUUAAGAAACAACUGUAGUCUAGUCAUUGCAAUUUCUUCCAUAACAGUAAAAGAUAAUAACUAGUAAGCUUAUUAGCUGUAAUUCCUUUUUAAAUAUAUUUUUCGGGAAAUAAUAUAUAUGUAUAUCUCUACACGGAAACAAAUAUAUGCAUUACAUAUUAGUUGUAUACAAUUAUGUAUUUAGACCAUUGCCAUUUAAGAAAAAAAAGAUGAUGACUAGAGAAACAAAAAAUAACAUCUAAAAUGGAUUUAAAUGUGGUAUAUAUUAUGUAAGCACAUAUGUAUAUACAGUAGAAACUCUAUAAAUUAAUACUCGAUAAAUUAAUAAACACAUAAAUUAAUAAAUUUCUCUAGUUUCGAGUUAGGCCAGUUCAAAAUAUGACACAAAUCCGAUAAAAUAAUAAGAUAAUAAUAUUUUAGAAAAUCCUAUGUAAAUAUAUAGUUUCAUUAAAAUCAUAAAUUAAUAAUUUUUGUACAUAUGCAUUUUAUAUAAUUACAAACAAACAACUGUAUUAUUUGCUCAUUUUCACAGUAGAAUUAUCUCUAUAUUUUUGACACUUCAAUAUAUUUUUCUAGUAUUUAAAAUUAUAUCUAAACAACAUUUAAGAACUUAUUUUAUAUACACCAAAUAGUACAAUAAAAAUAAUUUGAAAGUCGAAUUUCAAAAUUUUAAUUAAUGUAUUUUGUUUAUUUUAUUAAAAAUAUAUUCCAAAAUAAAAAAAAAUCUAUAAAAAUUUUUUUUAGUAAAUUAAUAACUCUAUAAAUUAAUAAAAUAUCAUAGUCCUAACAUUAUUAUUUAUAGAGUUUUUACUGUAUACACCUAUUCCAAUGAGUGUAAAUACUAAAUACGGAGUUGUAAAAAUUAUUUCCAUACGUGUUUCACAGGAAGGUAGAAUGAGUAAAAUCAACAUAAUGAAAGAAAUAACCAUAACUUCUAGGAUAUGAAUUCAAAGUCUAGUUCUGGUUUUACUUUAAAUUCAACACAAAGGAGAUUUUAUACCAUAAUUGUUAACGUGCAAUAAAGUUAUCUUCUCGAUAAAUAGCGUCCUCAUUCUGCGAAUCUAUAGCACAAAGAGAUAAAACAUCACUUCUCAAUCACAAAAAAAUAUAGAAAAAUAUUUUGUUAAGGAGAACCAACAAGUUAUGUCUUCUUCAAGCUCGUCCGUGUUCCAACCCAAAACAUGCAAUGAGAUCAUCGUGGCCGUGGAGGAGUCCAUGGAGAAGGCAGCGGAGAGCCAAGUUGUGUCUUCUGCCAGCUCUUCCGCCACCCAACCUGAGAAAUGCAAUGACCUCACCGUGGCCGUGGAGGAGUCCAUGGAGAAGGCAACGGAGAACCAAGCUGUGUCUUCUGACGGCUCUUCCGCGGCGCCCCAGCCAGAAAAAACCAAUGACGUUACCAUGGCCGUGGAGGAGGCCAAGGAGAUGGCAGCAGAGAACCAAGUUGUGUCUUCUGCAGGCUCUUCCGCCGCGCCCCAACCCAAUGACAUUAUCGUGGCUGUGGAGGGGGACAAGGAGGUGGCAACGGAGAACCAAAUUGUGCCUUAUACAGGCUCUCCCGCGCCCCAGGCUGAGCAAUGCACUGACAUUGUUAUCGUGGCAACGGAGAACAACAAUCCGGGAACUGAAAACCCAAGUCUCAUGGGAUCUGGUGCUGUCCCAACAGGAAGCCAGAUCCUGCAGCUUUACCCACCAAGAUCUAAUAAGAUCUUCUCUUGUCCCACUUGCAAAAAAGGGUUCCCAUCAAGUCAAGCCCUAGGCGGCCACCAGAACGCGCACAAGCAGGAGCGAGAGUGGGAAAAGAAGAGGAAGAAUAUGGAACAAGAGUACCCCGGUUUCGCCUUUUUGAACCCUAAUAUAGACAAUCCUCUUAUGUUUUUCUUAGGUGGCUACUCGGAAGAUGCUUUAACACACGAGAAUCAUCUUGGGAUCCCUCUUGACGAUGCUUUCAAACGCAGAUUUGCCCGUAAUCACCCAUCCGUCAACAACGGAUCCUCGGACAUGAACAUUACCGCGGUUCCUCGCGUGGCUCCUACUGGCUUCUUCGCAGGGAACACUCCCACCACCAACGGUUCUUCUUCAGGAGGACUUGGGCCCCCUUACAACAGCUAUCCCCCGAUGCUCCCUAGGAACUUUCCUCCUUUCCCUCCUCCUCAGACCAACAAUCUUCCUAGUGGUUUGUAUCCGCAACAAGAGAAUGUAUUGAACGAGGUGAAUUUCAUCUCAGAGAUAGGAAAGGGUAAAAAUAUUAUUGAGAUUGAUGAUGAUGAUGAUGAUGAUGCUGAUGCUGGUGCUGAUGAUGGGCCUAUAGCAGGGACAUCCAAGAGCUGGGGGGCUGAUUUAUCUCUUUGACUAUUGUUUAGUCCUAUGACUUGUUUAGUUUUCUAUUAGAGACCUCUCUCUCUGAAGAUUGCUUUUUCAUUUUAAUUUUCUUGCAUUUCGUUUAGAUGUUCCUUUGUCUGUACGAAGCAUGUCUUCUUCUGGACGAUUUGCUUCUUUUUAUGAAUAAAUGGUUCCUCUUUUUUUCUCUUUUCUUGCCAUCUAUAUAUCAUGAGUUUUUUAAUCAUUUUGGUAAAGGUCAAAAAUCCAUGGUUGUAGGGAGGUAAUUUUUACCAAAGUUACGUGUCUUGUUUUUCAAACCUUUCGAUUCAGAACUAUGGCUACCUAUAUCUGGUUUACAUAUACUUAGAUUUCUUGAUUAUGUAUUUAUGUCAGUCGAGUUAUCAGUAUUAGUAUUGGAGAACAAGUAAAAAAAAAUGAGUUCCAGGAUGAGUGUAUAUAUAUUACAUGUUACGCACCAUAUAGUGCCAUAGAAAAAUCUCUUCAUUAUGAAAAGAAAAUGACUUGCAUCAAAUGAAUUAUAUUCGACAUGCAUUAUUAACUAUUAAGACGUAACUAAACAUUCGUUUUGGAUCUUGAGGAUAUAGAGUUUUGUAUGCAUAAUGUUUAUGUCUAAACUCAACAUAAACUUAAAGUCUCGAGAUUGAAUAUUGAUGAAUACAUGAGAACACACCAGAGCAAGAUUGUUAAAAACUGUCGUUUUGGCAUGCAUCAAAUUAAUUCAUACAUAAAAAAGAGAGCAUAAAAUCAUGCAAACUUAGUCUUUGUUUUGGGGUAUUUAUAAAAGGUUACGUUGGACACUUGGACGGUAUGAAAAGGUUAAUUCUAAAAUCAAAAGUACGUUUAACAAAGUCCACAAAUAUAUUCAUUUACAGUGAAACGCUAAACAUUAUUGGUCAAAAAACAUUUUAAAUAUUUUGAAAAGUAAUUUUUUAACCUUAAGCCUAUGGAGAGAUCCGGAUUAAUCCCUAAAAUUGUGGUGCGGCCCACUGAUGAAAUUUCAGUUCGGAUAUUCAAAUGAGAUCGCAAAAUAGGUCCAUAUCCGCGUAGUUAGUUAUAAUGUGAAAUGUAUUGAGCGUGUAUUCGAACCCGGGUUGUUUAGCAACCCAAAAUCAGCCUACCACUAAACCAAUGUCUUGUGGUUUUGAAAAGUUAUUUGAAGAGCUGAUCGAUAACAACCUUUUUGUUUAUGAUAAGAUAUGCCCAAAACGAUUCAAAGAGAAAAGUGAUGGUUUGGAAAUAAUGACUACAUUACUUCAACAAAUAAAUUAUAAUAUUUAAUUUAGCGAAUGAAACAUAUAAUUCUGUUUUAGCGAAUGGAAAACAUAUGUUUAUCAUCGCUCCUAAAACAAAUUGGGUAUAUAAGCCAAUGCUCAUUAUUCUCAUCGGUAGUUCUGUUAGCAAAAAAUCCCUAUUUUUUAAUUUUAAUUGAAAACAUCAAUGUAAGUUUCAAAACAAUAAACCAGUAGUAGUUCACUGAUUUCAGAAAUAUAACUGUUAGUGUUGGAUUUCAUACAUAAAAUAAAACAAAUGGAAUCCAUUGAAGCAUAGGCUGAAGGUCAAUCGAGCUGGCUAUUGUCAGAAAAGCAUUCAUGAAGCCAUCUUUGAUAUAUCCCUUUGGAGAUUCCCAUGUUAAUUUUAAUAGUGAUGUCAAUCUCAGUGUACCAGUAAAAUAUAUACUAUCUUCUUUAUAGCUUAUAUGCUCAUUGUUGAGAACAUCAUAGAACAUAUUAUUCAGUGAAAAAAGAAUAUUGGAAAAAGUAUUUGAAAUAAAAAGAUUUUAGUGCUACUAAAAAAACUGAGAUAAAAACUGACAUGUCAAAUGCCGACCAGUUUAUAGAGAUACAUAGAGACAAUUUUAGACUUUUUGACAUGUCAAAUGCCGACCAGUUUAUAGAUAUAUGACAAAGUUGAUUAUGUUAAUGCAUUUGGAUGAAUGAUGUACGCCAUGGUGUGCACUAAAAUAAGUUAUGGAAGAAGCCAUUGAUUUUUAUAAGUUCUAACCUAUGGUAACUGCGUUCUAUAAAUUUGGAUGAUACAUAUAACUUAAAUAUAUUACAUGAAAUCAACAUGUGUUGGGAUACCAUAAGGUUAUUUAAAAUGUAAAACCACUAUUUGAAAAUGAAAGAGCCGUGUUAGUUUUAGACUCCAGUCUUCUGAAAUUAAUUGGUUUGGUUUGAUAUAGUAUAUACAUAUAGUUAAAUCUAUAUGCACACGAUCUUUGCAUAUAUUUAUUGUUAUACUCAUUUUUCAGAAAUGUAAUAGAUUGUACGGAUUAUGGUUAUAAUCAACCAUAAUCCGUUAGUGUUUAUUUUAAAUCAAAAAUUGUAAGUAAUAGAUUUUAAUUAAACCUAAAUAGUUAAAACGUUAUAACUUUUUUGAUAGUCCAAAAAACAGUCGAUAAAAGAGGACUCUGUUUAAAUAGAAUAAACUAGAUUUUGAUCCGUCCGUCCAUAUGGGUGUAUUUAAAAAAAAAUGUGAUGCUAUUUGU